AUGGUUAUGGAUAAGGUACCUAUGCCCAGUAGAGCCAAAGCAAAAGCUCAGAGGAAAAAACUACACAUUAAUCACAGUUUCAGUUUGAAUAACCUUUUCUCAGAUCCAUUUGCACUCUCUUCGAUUUCAAUUACACUUCUGUCAUGGUGUAUUGCCAUUGCAGGAUGCAUAGCUACAGCUUCAGAUACAGAUAAUUUCCCCCGGUUUACGUGGUGGGGAAUAGCAUAUCAAUUCCUAAUUUUAUUCAUGGUUAUCAUAUUUUACUGUUAUGAUAUGGUCGAUUACUACAAAAAUUUUAUAGCUGGUGCUACUGCAGUUUCUUUCGUAUACAACACCAAUAGCGCAACGAUCUUGGUCUACGGCGAUGGAUCUCGUAAGGCUGCCGCAUCCGCUGGUGUAAUAUUAUUAUCAAUUGUUAAUCUAAUAUGGAUCUUCUACUAUGGUAGUGACAAUGCGUCACCAACCAGUAGAUGGAUUGAUUCAUUUUCACUGAGAGGUAUUAGACCCUCUGCCACCCAAGACGCAUCUAUGAGAGCUCGUCGCCGUAAUAGAAACAACCUUAGAAGUCAAAGAUUCACAGGUGAUAAUUUCUACCCAGAGCAUCAACCCCAAAACUACAUGUCCUCCAUGGCUCUCACUGGAUUUGAAAAUCCUGAUCCAGCAUACUAUACAGGCCCAAAUGUUCCAUUGGACAGAAACGGUAGUGUAGCAUAUUCUGAUAAUAACAUGCCAGGUGCGUUCACACAGGAUAUGAAUGCUAAUAAUCAAAACAACCUCAACCCAAACAAUUUCAACCAAAACAAUUCUAACCAAAACACAUUUAACCAGAACACUUUUAUGACAGAGACUUCGAACGGUAACACAGAUACCACAAUGGGCGGAACUUUAGAAUUGUACAGUGAUGCUGGCGAGGAGAGCUUUCCAUACACUGCACAAACUUUAUACAGAUACCAAGCAGAUGAAGACGAUGCCUAUGAAAUUUCAUUCGAACAAGGUGAAAUUCUUAAAGUCAGUGAUAUUGAAGGUAGAUGGUGGAAGGCUAAAAGGUCAACCGGCGAAACAGGUAUUAUUCCAAGUAAUUAUGUUAAGCUUAUCGAAGAUAAUAUCGCUAUGUAG